AUGGGUAAAUGGUUAAUGUUAAUUGAUCCAGCAUCAUUUUUGAUAAUAGGGAUACCAUUAUUUGCCAUAUGGUAUGGUAGUUUUAGAUCAUAUAAAUUUAAUAUGGAGAAUCAACUUUUAAUAAUCGAUAACAAUGAUAUGCCAAACAAAUGGUUAUUAAUACUACCUUGUAUUGGUUCAUUAUCACUCCUCACCUUUUUUUAUUAUAUGGAUGCAAUGUAUAAUAUAUUAAUUUGUGUUAUAGUUAUAACAUCACUAUUAGCCAUAUCUUAUGUUACAUAUCCAUUUUUUCAAUAUUUAUUACCAAAGUUUUCAAUUCAUGAUUCUUCUAAAAAGUAUAUACCUAUAUAUCACAAUUAUAAUACACUUAAAUCAUUAAGAUUAAAAUAUAGUUUAAUCAAUAACACCACUGAUAAUAAUAAUAAUAAUAAUAAUAAUAAUAAUAAUAAUAAUAAUAAUAAUAAUAAUAAUAAUAAUAAUAAUAAUAAUACUAAUAUUAAAAAUUUUAUAGAUUAA